AUAAUAAAUAAAGUGAAGAGGCCAUGUAAAACGCACAAACACAAAACACAACACUCUAUCUUUCUCUUUCUCUUUCUCUUUCCUCACAUUUCACCUUCCUCUUUUCACAGCCGUUUAUUAGAUUCCUCUCAAAUAGUCUUUUCCUUUUAUUUUCUUUCCAUUGGGUUGUACGGAUUCCCAGCUCAAAUACCCAUCUCUUAGAUUUUUCAUUUCUUCUAGAUUUUAUGGCAUGUUUUUGUUGCUAUUUUGAUUUAUGUUUCUUAGACUGAUAAAAAAAAGAUAUAAAACUCUUCUGGGUUCAUUUUUAGCUUUUGUUUUGUUCUGCAAGUUAAGCUGGCUUUUGGGUUGUUGCAGAAAACCUUGAAUACCCAAUUGAAUAUGUUAUAUAAAGGUUGAAGAAGCCAAUCAAAUUUAUAGAAAAAGUUCUCAAUUUUCAGUCAAAGUUUUUGUAAAUAGUAAAGUUUUCUUAUUUUCUCUAAUUUGUUGCUGUCAAAAUUUUUUAUUUCUUUUUUAAUUUUCUUUUUCUUCCCUUGAACAAAAGAGAAAGACAUGGGCAAGCAAGGGCCUUGCUAUCACUGUGGAGUUACAAGAGUGUAAAUUUGUGUCAAGUGCAAGUGUUAAAGGAAGCUCCGAUUGUCCUUGUUUGCCCGCUGGAGGGAAGAGCAUCAAUCCAGAAUUGUUUUAGGAAUUGCUUCCAACAUUAAGCACUUAAAAAUGGUGUUGUUAAAUGUCAGCUUUUGAGGACAAAUGCACUCCUCUUUGGCGCAAUGGACCUCUUGAGAAGCCGGUAUUGUGCAAUGCUUGUGGGUCGCGGUGGAGGACUAAAGGGACACUUGACAACUAUAUCCCACUUCAUGCACGGUUUGAACCUGAUGAUUAUGAGGAUCAUAGGGCUUCCAGAAUGAAGAGCAUAUCUAUAAAUAAGAACAAAGAAGUAAAACUGCUGAAGAGAAAGCCAAAUCAUGAUACAGCAGUAGUUUCCCCUGAUUACAACCAGGGUUUCUGUAAGUUUGUGGAUGAAGAUACAAGUAAUAGAUCAAGUUCUGGAUCAGCCAUAUCUAAUUCUGAAAGCUGUGCCCAAUUUGGCAGUGCAGAUGCUAGUGACUUGACAGGCCCUGCUCAAUCUAAUGUGUGGGACUCAAUGGUACCUUCUAAGAAAAGAACCUUCGUAAAUCGUCCCAAGCCAUCUCCAGUUGAGAAACUUACAAAAGAUUUAUAUACUAUUUUACAUGAACAACAGUCUUCAUAUUUCUCUGGAUCUUCUGAGGAGGAUUUGCUUCUUGAGAGUGAAACACCCAUGGUUUCUGUUGAGAUUGGACAUGGAAGUGUUCUAAUUAGACAUCCAAGCUCAAUAGCUCGAGAAGAGGAAUCAGAAGCCAGCUCCCUUUCAGUUGAAAACAAACAAUAUUCAAUGAACGAGUCUUAUUCACAUUCUUCAAACUUCCCUGCCUAUAAUGAUAGCAAGGGCAUCAAAAUUUCAGGACAUGGAAUUGAAAAAGCUAAGACUGCUGGACAAGGGAUGCAGCACGAGCAACUUAAGAGGGACAAGGUUCAACAUGAAAAAUCACUAAUGCUGGAAAGUCAUAAUUCACCACUGUGUAAAAUAGAUUUGAAUGAUAUUCUCAACUUUGAGGAGUAUGUGAAACAUUUAACAAAUGAGGAGCAGCAGCAGUUGCUGCAGUAUCUACCUCCACUUGACAUUGUCAAACUCCCUGAUAGCCUCAAAAGCUUGUUUGCAAGCCCUCAAUUCAAGGAGAACUUAUAUUACUUUCAACAACUGCUUGAGGAAGGGGUCUUUAAUAUCUCUGUCCCAGGGGUGAAAGCUGAAGACUGUAAGACUUUGAAAAGACUUGCAUUAUUCAAUUUGACGAAAUCUCACUGGGUGGAAUGCCGUCACGUGCUUAAGAAAUGCAAAAGUAGUGUUGGAGGGUCUGUGAUUGCUAGAGGACCAAUUGCCAUUGCAUCGAAUAAUUUGGUAAUUAUGAAGAGAUCACGUGACAGCCAAAGUCAAAAUUUUCCAGAAGCAAGAACAUUAAAGAGCCCCAAAAGGGUGAUCAUGAAGGCUACUUAUGAAAACAAAGAACUCAUAGACAAUGAUGGUUCUUGCUUUAGUCCGAGAAGCCUAUUCGCCUUGCCUCCUGAUGGUGGCUCUCUCAUGCUGGAUUCUCUCCAUUUUGUCGAUGAAAGUUCUGACCAAGAUUUGCUGCUGGAUGUGCCACCCAACGGCUCAUUCCCACAGGCAGAAACUGCUUCAUUCGACUUUAAGUUUUAGGCAACAUGCCAGCACUAGUAUUAGCUCAGCACACCCACAUCUUGUCGAUCCCUAGCAAUGAUUGGUCGUUACUAGAACUAUAAAGGUCUCCUUCUGCAAGAUCCCCUGAGUGGGGUCAACAUAUUUGCAUGCCAAACACCGAAUCUGAAUGAGUUUUGAUGGUUGCUCUUUUUUCCACUUGACCUGUUCAAACUUGGAAUGCUAAGUGAUGAAUUUGGGGGUGGGGUUUUUUUGUAUAGGUUGACAACAGAUUGUAAUAUAUAGCUCCAAAUAUGCAGAAGAGGUGGUUAUUUGAAGAGUUUUGUAUGGAAAUGUAAUUCUUGCAUAGAAACAUAAGUUUAUAUACCCAUGGGUCCAUUUAA